CUUCCAUCUUCACAGAGCCCCAGAAGGCCGAUGGUCGCGAAUGACAUCAAAUCUUUGCUAACCCAAGAAAUGGCCCAUAGCCUACUUUGACCUCACUUCAUACUUACGCUGGACUAAUGCCGUUGCUCUUACCUUGGACGUCGAUAUCAUAUUCAUAUUACUGCUCGAUGCAAUAAAGUUCGUAUUGGUGGGGAAGUGCACAAACAAUUUCGCACACAUCAGGGUCGCUACCUGCCAUCGUUGUCGCAUUUGGGAACAUUGGUAUAUCCCUCUGCCUGUCUCCAUCAUCGCAAAGCCGAGAGUGAAGGAGAAAAAAAGACGGGAAGGGCAGCGCAGCAGCAGAGCCGCCGCCACCACCACUACCACCACCAACCCACCAAGCCGUACGGGACGGGAGCUACCUACCCUGCCCUUGCCUUCCUCGACCGACCCAACUGCAACUUCCCCACGCACUUUUGGCUCUUGCCUGUCGGCGCGCACCACGAGCCUCGUCGCUCCUGCCUCGUGUGGUCGCGCCCAUGACUGUUAUUUUCACUUGAGGCCCGUCGCUCUCCUUCUCUUCUUUGCUUUCCACCCAUUCCUCGGCCGACGACUUUGACGCAGACAAGUAUCCGCCACAUACCCCCACGGCCUGUCGACGGCGCCUCUAGGUACCAACGACCGAAGUCGAUCCGACGUCGCACCUGCGAACCUUCAUGAGGCUGUCACCGAAGACACCACCACAACCCUUUCACCUCGCCCGAGAACCAUGACCUCCAUACAGAGGCAUGAGCUCCAGGCUCUGGUCAAGCUGGUGAACAGCAACCAGCUUCUGAACCGCCAAUUAUCCCAAAUUUGUCAGCUCAACGGGCUCACUAGCAGCGGCGUUAAGGCGGCUCUGCAAAGUCGCAUCGUCAGUGCUAUCGAGGAAGCCUUCAAGAACAGCGACGCGACUCGCUUCCAGCAGAUACAACGAAGCAUCGAGACCACAAGGACCGGCUCCUCCGCUUCGCCCGCCUCUCAAAAGAGUGGACGUCCCGCCACAGCGACUCCGCCAGUGUCAAUGAUGCGGCAAGACCAAUACUGGGGGCGCAAUGCUCGUCCCAGCGGUGCGAAUGGCCCUGCUCUGCCCGGGUACGGAUCAAGCGGGCUCUCAUUUAAGAACAGUCCCUUCUACGAGAUCCAGUUCCGGGUCGGCGAUGUGCGCUCGUGCGAGGCUAUGAGCCAGCAUAGGAACAUGGUCUCGAUUCCAGUCAUAGUCAGCGAUAAUCUCAAUCUGAACAGAGUUCUCGAUGACAAGUCACUACGCAUCAUGGUCUUCUGCGCCGGAGAUAACAAUGGCGUCCAGGAUAUCGCGUUUCCUCAUCAGUCGGAGAUCAAAGUCAACGGCAACGAGGUCAAGGCGAAUCUCAGAGGCUUGAAGAACAAGCCAGGCUCGACAAGGCCAGUCGACAUUACGAGUUUUUUGCGUCUGAAAAAUGACAACAGAAAUCUCGUUGAGUUCACUUAUGCGUUGACUCAAAAGAAAUUCUAUCUUGUCCUGAACGUCUGCCGUAUCACCUCGGCGCAGGAUCUGGCCGACAACAUCAAGAAGGGGCAGAAGAUCCCCAAAAACAAGGUGAUUGAGGAGAUCAGCAAGAAAGCGGCGGAUACAGAUAUCGUUACGACAUCUCAAGUCUUGUCUCUCAAGUGUCCUCUAUCCUACAUGCGUCUCGAUGUCCCGUGCCGCUCUGUCAACUGUUCGCACAUUCAAUGUUUCGACGCAACGUCGUACCUCCAACUGCAAGAGCAGGGCCCUCAGUGGCUUUGCCCGAUUUGCAAUAAACCGGCACCAUACGCACAGCUGGCCGUUGACGAGUACGUUAGAGACAUCCUAGCGAACACAUCAAAGUCCCUAGAUCAAGUUACCAUUGAACCAGACGGACAGUGGCGAGUGAACACAGGACAGGACGAGAACAGGCCGACCAAUGGUGGAAGCGGCCUUGUUGACGAUGACGAUGAUGACGACGACGACUGGGGUAUCGUGGAGGUCAACCCAGUUCGCAGUCGAAACUUCGAAACUCCCAACCGGUCAGUAGCCAGCACGGCAACUCCGACGACAACGGUGAUGUCUCGAGAAAGCUCGACGAUGCCGCGGGGCGUGGCCACAACAAGCGCCAAGAGACUGCAUUCGGAUAGGGUGACAAUAGACCUGACCCUAUCAGACGAUGAUGAGCCAGCCGCACCGCCUCCGAAGCGGCAGCAACUACAGGGACCGGGAUCGAGUAACUACAAUAGCAAUGGUUACAGUAGCAGCAUGUUCUGAGGAGGCUAGCCUGGCAUUCUCUAUCAACGAGCUGCGAGAUACGGAGCAUGAGGUUGGCCGCCUCAAUCAGCACGUACAUACUUCCCUACCUAAUGAAGGCGGAUUUGUGGCUCAUGUAUGUGUUUUUUUCUUUGGGCGUGGAAAGGGACGGAUGGAUAGCUGUCCAGGCGUUUGGGAGGCAAAACAUAUUCCAACAGCCCCAACAGCCUUAUGCCAUAGGCAUGAAGCAGGGCGAUAACGGGCGUCUGAGCAGAGCUCUACUUAGAUGUGAGGCAGAUGCCUCAGAGACUUUGCCAGCUUGGUACCUUAGGAAAGCGAGGGGUACAAAUACCAAACACUACG